AUGGCGGUCUCACAAGUUUGGAGGUAAGAACCAUUUGUAAUAGUAAUAUAGCAGCGAUUUUUGAGGCUCACUUAAACUUGUUUUUGUCCCGUAAAAUGUGAAAUUAUUAAAAGAAGAGAUUUUUGUACAUAAUUUUAUAGUUAAAGUAAGUAUGCGUGUAAUUGGUGUUGUUCGGAAAACAGCAAAUAUUCAAUAUGGCGGCCAUUCGCAUUGAAAGCUUGCAAUUGCGUUAUUGCGCUUCUUGCAGCAUUAUCUGCAACAAAAAAAUAGCUUUUUGCAGGAUGAAGCACUGUUACGAUAAAGAAGCUAUCUCUGCUCACAAGACGCGGAUUUGUAUUCUCCUACAUAAAGCGCUGAACUUAAAUGGCGCCGACAGUGAGUUGUGCUCGUUGAGUUUAGCUCAAAGCUUGAUCUUCAAACAAAAUCGAACCGGCCCCAACCGUGACGAAAGUCUGUUUUCGUUCGAAUAGCGAACUUUAUUAAUUAUGUGUCCGAUUUCGUUUAAUGACCAAAGAUAAGCUGGUUUCAUCUUCCUGAGUUAAAUUUCGUUCAAUGGAAAUUUGCGGAUAUCGGUUUGAUGUGAUCUCGGGGGGUAAAAGUGGCGAAGGGUCAAACGUAUCAGAGAUGUCAAGUACAAAGGUUUAGCGCGACCUGUUUAACGGGAAGCGAGAAGCGUUUUGCUUAAAAUGUUGAAGUUCUAGGCUUUCUAUUGAGUAACUUAACAUUAAGAAGUUUUUAUUAAAUAUGCUCCUUUGCUCCGUGCUGUUAUUCCUUUUACUAUCCACUAUCAGGAACAGAUCCAGACACAAAUACACACGUGAUCACUUUUUGAUCACUUGUGAGCCAAAGAGACGAAGGGAAACUAGGUCGCACAUUCACUUAAAAAAACUGAUUUAAGUUUAAACUUACCUUUCAUUGUGAAAUAUUUGACUGUUUUCAGUGAUACGGUGGAAACUGGUGCGGUGGAGCUGCGCCUGACUAUUCAUCAUAGCCAUGUUAUGUAUAGGUCACUUCAACUGUGUCGAAUAGGUCAAUAAAACGCGGUCAAAUACGUGUGCAUUGUAUUUACUGUUAAUAUUUGAUUCAGCUCAAAUUUGCGUAAACUAGUAGAACAAACUAUAACCAUAGAUCAGCAACCUAGAUAAUGCUACAAAAACCGUAAAAAGCAGAUUAUAUCCAAUGUACCUUUUUAUUAUACAAGUCAGUAAAUCGAACCGAAUUUGCUACUGCUUUGAUAUUUGCUUUACCACGUGGAGAAAGGGAAUUUUCCCUUUCCCAUAAUGCACCAUCGCAAUUUAUCACGAGACUGUAGAAUUUCCUGCAUUGACAGGUUUUCUUUGAUUUAGGCCCAGUUCAAACGUCGAAUUUCACAUGUGCCGAGCUUAAUUCCUGUUUUAGUCGACUAAAAUAGUUAAAUACGGCAUUUGAUUCAAACUUCAAAUUGAACUCUCUGAACUCUGUCGAAUUUAACUCUGCUCGCUGUCAAUAUUCUCAGUGAUAUGAUAAUAAUUUACUAAAAUUUACGCAUUAAAUUCGGCACAUGUGAAAUGCGACGUUUGAAUCAAAAGUCGAAUCUUCGACUGUUUCAGUCCCAGAUACGGCAAACGUCGCAUUUAAUUUAAGCAGUCGAAUUUAAUUGAUUCAAACGUCGCACUUCAUAUGCAUUUAACUCUCGCGUUAAGUUCGGCACAUGUGAAAUCCGACGUUUGAACCGGGCCUUAUAGUAUAGAUAGUAUACUAUAAUCAUGUUUUACGCUAGCGGUAAUAAAUAAACUAUUUUGAAGAGUGUGCUGUUUACUUCAAAAGAAGUCUGGUGCACAGCAGUGGCUAUCGAUUUCAAUUAAGCCUGGUUUGAUAAUCGUCCCAAUAUUGUGUCGAUCGUCUAUGAUCAUCAUGUUUCAGGCGAUAUUUAUAUGGAAACUCCUUUGAUGCAAAACGGGACAAUCCGAACAACGCUUGGCUAUCGCAAUCACCUGGAUAGACCCGAGGCCGUAAAACGGCUGGUUUAGUUAAAUUAAUCUCGGCCUAGCCACACUUUGGGACGUUUAGGGUGAGCCGAUACGACGAUUGUACAUGAACGUACGAAGUCUCAAUUCCCGAGCCAUGCUUGAAUGUUUUAGUCUGUACAUGUAAAAAUAAACAAUUCAUAUUGUAAAUCGCUUUCGUCCCUUUCAUCCAAAGGUGACCUCUUGGCAUCCGCGGCGUUUCUCGGCCCUAACAAAAACGUCAUAAAUACAUCGUUCACAAAAAUACCAGUAAAGCUAGCUCAAGCUCUUUUGGGACUGCGUCAACCGCCGUGCAGAGUAAAACCAGCGAGCUAAAACUCCCUGGAAUCGCUCUGGAACGGCUCUAAACGCCACGGAAACAUAGGUAAUACAAAGAGGAGGAGAACAAAGUCGCAUUUUUAUUUGAAAUUUCCUUUCCGCCAUAAUUUGAUCUAUCAUGUACGAUCGUUACAUUUCCAAACGUAGAAACUCUUCACAUUUUAUACGCUGUUAUGCAAUGUGUCCUAAAGAGCUUGGGGUUACCUCAGUCAGGGUUAGACUGAUACAUUAUGCUCUAAAAUUUGAGGAUUUGAGCAUUAUGCUUUAGCGUCACCCUAAAAACAACAGCAUUAAGCUUAAAAUUAUGCUCGGGAAGUCAGUCACCUGGUCAGUAGCAUUAUGCUUGACUGAUCCUGGUAUAUUUAAUGCCCUUUUCCAUCCCCGCAGACAAAGUCAGAAACACAACAUUGUAUUGCAGGAUUAUACCACUGGCAAGCCUUAACAGGCUAGCAAAAUGCAACGGUGCACCAAGACCGCAUUACAAAGUCGCAUUGAAAGCUAUCAACCAAGCUUUUGAUUACGGUAUGUUAAGUCUGUUAAUCAUGCUAAAAGCACUUGAAAGUAAACAAUUUCGCAGCACAGCAUUAUACUCGAUUUUACUCGACUGUAAAAUUAUGCUCAAAAUUAUCCCAGCAUAAUGUAUCGAUCUAACCCUACCUCAGAGUUAACUGUGGAACCAGUCAUAGCAGUUCGUUAAUAUUCUGCAUGCAGUUUCGCACGUACAACAUGCACGUGACUUUCUCGUGAUAUUUAAUUUGUACACACUGUCAGAAGUUUCCAUAUUUUGCUAGACUACGAAUACGUAGUUCCUCAUUUUCCUUACGGCUUGGAGUGUAUUCCGUUGAUCGUAUUCCGGAAUAACAAUUCGAGGAAAUUUGUGGCAAAUCUCUUCAACCAUAGAUUUCUUAACUGUCAACGCAUGUAUUUCAGACGAAGCCCCGUUUUCAAUGUAUUUAUGGGGAAUGGGGUGUUUUGAUCCUCGAAGGCAAUUAACGAACCCUUUCCGCGCCAGUGGUCUAGCAUUAAACUUAGUUACUUCUACUGAGCUCCUUCUGAUAAUUUUGAAAUUGCUGUGACUAUUCAUCUUCCAGCGGAGAGGCGACUAACUCAUCAUGUGCAUGCGAUGGUGAAGAGUUCUAUCUGCUGGAGGUUAGUUACUGUGUUACAUAAUAAAUCUACCAUUGGCUAUAGACUGCCCAAAUAUAAUCCACGUAUUGUCAUCCAGCUAUUAAUUAAUAUUCAUCGGAACCUCGAAGCCUAUGUAUUUAUUAGCCUGCGUAGCUGGCGGUAUAGUGUAUUAGUCGAGUGAGAUUUGGCGGCGAAGCCUCCCUCCGCCCACCAACCCUUCAUCACUUUAUCUACCUCUUUCUUCCUCCAUCCCCGCUUCAUACCAUACCACCCUCUAAGUCUAAUUCCACUUCCCGCCUUUCCUCCCUCCACUAUUCCUUUUGAUUCUUCAUCCUGUCCAUCCCUUCGAUCAUCUCUUAGUCCAAGCAUCCGUUGAUUCGUUUAUUUAAAAGGUUGACUAGUUAUAGCAAUCGCUAAGUGCCAACAAGUAAAGAUUUUACCUAUACGCGCGUGCUGUUCGAUUUGUUCAGAAAUGUCAUGAAUUACCGUAAUUUACAAGAAUACAGGCUGCCGGUUAGUCGUGUUUCCGUCAUGGAACUCACUCAUGCAUUAUACUUAUAUGCACGUGUUCGCUCGAAAACAGUGCUUUCUCUGUUCUGCUUUACGUCAUAAAAGUUACCUUUUACUACCUUACGUUACAUCGCUUCGAUCAGAUUCAUUCAGCCUUAGAACUUUCGCGCACGGCUUUAUUAUGCUCUCGCCUCGCAGCCUCGCGUCUUCGCGAGGCUGCUCGUUGGCAAUUAAGUCUUACUAAUUGAUCACAAUUGACUGUUUAGUUAGCAGAGCAUCAGGAUCAAGUUGCGGAUGGAGUACAGGGAUUAUGCCCAUUCGCUAAGAUUGGAUGCUCAAAAGCUGAGGUAUUUUCAUUACAGCAGACGUUCAUAGAUGUUCCUUAGAGCCGGUUUUCUUGUGUUUACAACCCUGUACUCUCUUGUUUCAUAUCUUGUGUUUUCUUUGUCUGCAAACGGCAUAAACUCGUCAGUUUCCGUCUAGCUCCCUGACCUUCGAUAUGCCAGUUUUUCUAUAUCAUAUCACAUAAAAAGGGCAUGAAAUAUCGGUGGAGUGACACCAGUCACAGUUAUACAGUUUGUCUGCACCAAACUUAAAUGGGAAAGAAUGCGUGUACUGAGAGGACCGAGCUGGACACGGUCUAUCUCCUAUAGUGUGUUUCUUGUCAAGUGGCUUCUCUUUGCGGCCGUGAGUUUGCAUGCACUAUUAAAAUAGGCUCUCGGUUGAAAGUUGUUUUAAAGCAGCUGCAAGCCAGUUUUUAUGAUAAAAAGUCAUUGUUAACCACAAUUUAAACAAGUGUUUCCCGUUGCCAAAUUGGAUUCAUUCAUACAGCCUAGAAUUGGAACCGGAUAUAGUUAUUUUCCAUUCUUGUAACAGGUCCUCAGGCAUAAUGAGAGGAUAGAACACCUAAAGAAGGCAAAGUCUUACCAUACGAUGUUGAUUCUUCACUUUGCACUCCAUUUGGGUGAACAAAUGAAAUCACUUUUGACAAAUGAGCCCAGCAUGAUGUCUAGGCUGUGUAUCUUCAGAAAUUACGACGACAUUGUUUCCGACAUACUCUCUCAAGUAAGAGCCAAUAUAGCAGCAGACAGGCAUUUUCAAAAAGAGAUACAACAACAGAGCGAACGAAUCGCCUCUUUGGAAAGAAGAGUUAGUACAGGUAUUUUUUCAGAAGCGAUCACAUCUGCUGAUUCUGCUUGCAGCGUAACGAACGAACAGGUGGCAAAUCUUGAGAAAACGACGGCUAAGCACGAGUUGAUCUUAGAAGAAAGAAGACGCACAAUGAAGCAGGCAAAUCGAGAAAUGGGUAAUGCCAGGCGACCGCUUGAUACCAUCCAGGAUACCACCAGGAGGUUAGAACGAAGGAUUGACUCCAUAGAGCACACGCUGGCCCUCAGAAAUGUUGCGCAGGUCAUGAGGAAACGACUGCCUCCUAGUUAUGACGGCCACCUGGUUUGGAAAAUAACAAAAUUUUCCUGGCUGCGAAACAAAGCAGUCAAUGGCCAGCAAAGGUCAUUCCUCAGCCCUUGUUUUUUCACCAGCCCCUGUGGAUACAAGAUGUGCGCCCGCAUAUAUUUAAACGGAGAUGGCAUGGGCCGAGGAACUCACAUCUCUGUGUUCUUUGUGGUCAUGCGCGGUCAGUAUGAUGCGAUUCUCCGCUGGCCAUUCAGGCAGAAGGUCACGUUCAUGUUACUGGAUCAAGAUAACGUAGAACACGUGAUAGACGAGUUCAGACCUGAUCCUAACAGCCCUUCCUUUCAGAGACCAAGAAGGGAGGCAAACAUUGCAAGUGGGUUUCCACUGUUCUGCUCGCUUACUCAACUACGCAGACGCGCCUAUGUGCAUGAAGACACCAUGUUCCUCAGAGUUUUUGUUAGCGACCUGGAAGAUUUUGUCGUACAGGGGCUCUAA